AUGAAGUGACAUGCGUUGAAGUGAGAAAAAACGGCGCGAGGCGAGCUUUGUCAUCAUUCGAACCUGGAUCUUUUUGUGUGAAGGCAUACGUCGACCCUCUAGUCUUCUGCAGCAAUGGCAUCUUCAAGUGGUAUUCAGGUCAAGGAGCUGGACAAGCGUGCCUCAGGACAAGCUUUUGAGGUCAUCCUUGGGAGUCCUGCUCCAGAUGCCAAGGCUGAGUUCCCUCUCUCUCCUCUGAAGAAGAAGGACCUUUCCUUGGAGGAGAUCCAGAGAAAACUAGCCGCUGCUGAAGAGAGACGCAAGUCUCAUGAAGCCGAGGUUCUGAAACACCUAGCAGAGAAGCGGGAGCAUGAGAAGGAGGUGCUUCAGAAAGCUCUAGAAGAAAACGACAAUUUCAGCAAGAUGGCAGAAGAGAAACUGAACCAGAAAAUGGAAGCCAACAAAGAAAACCGCUCGGCCAUCAUGGCAGCCAUGAACGAGAAGUUCAAGGAGAAGGACAAGAAGCUGGAAGAGGUUCGAAAAAACAAAGAAAACAAAGAGGUCAGCUGUGAAGAAAACUGAAACCUACAGUUAUAGGGGAUUCAGAUGUUUUUUUUUUUUACUUAUCCAAAGAUUUUCUGUUUUCUUUUGAGUUCACAUGAGAGGGGAAAAAAACGAGCUGUCAUCAUGGGUCCAUGUUCAGAAAACAAACAAAUACAGCUUUCGGUUUGUAUAUAGCAGUGGUUUUACACAUUGAUGAACUCUCCUUCACUUAUCUGUGCGCUAUUUAGACUGCAGCUUUGUCUGAUAUUAGCAGUCUUCUCGACCUGGUAGGGACUCGUGUAUGAUGUGCUUAACAUGCCGGUGUACUGUAUUUCUUGAGCUUUUUGCUUUUCUCGAGGUUAGGAGCUUGUUUGUGUGUUUUUCGCUUCAAGCACAUGACUGUAAUGCAAAAUUAGCAAUACACGUUGACAUCUUUGACCUUCAACUUAACUGUUGUACCAAAUAAAAGAAGUACUAAAACUA